UUGGCAAUGUCUAUUUUGUAUUCUGUGCCUUUUGGUUGUGGUCUGUGUUAUGUUUGACCAGAAACUAAAAGGAACACGACGACAUACAAAAAAAACUGCAAAGGAAAAGAGAAAUGUUUCAACUGUGGGGAAAAGAGACAUGACAAAGAUCAUGAUGAUGAUUCCCAUUCGUGUCCCACUAAGUGUCGUUUUUGUAGGGGAAAUUACAAAACCACUAGUAAGACAUGUCCCGAAUAUGUAAGCAGCAAAAUAUUAAAAAGUUGACGGCCUUUGAAAAUUUGACUUACUAUGAUGCAGAAAAAAUGUGUCCAAAAACAUAUAUCCAAAAGAAUGACCCCAGAGAUUUUCCAAUUCACGACCGACUCUCUCGCAAUAAUCGAAGUUUAUCAGAGCAGGAGACGAUCAUCCCGUCCCAAAGAAGAGUGACUGAUUUUAAUACAGGUAGGAACAAAAGAUCAUACCUUUAUGAUCCCAGAGAUUUUCCAAUUCACGACCGACUCUUUCGCAAUAAUCGAAGGUUAUUAGAGCAGGAGAUGAUCAUCCCGUCCCAAAGAAGGGUGACUGAUUUGAAUACAGGUAGGAACAAAAGAUCAUAUCAACAAGUAACUUCAAACGAACCAAAUAAAAAGAGAAUAGUACAAAGAUCUUAUGACAAAGCAGAUCACAAUAUUUCCCAAACCCAAGACCUGAAAAAAAUGAUCGGAAUUCGUUUAUAAAAGACUAUUCUCAGUCAAAAGAAGUGUCUCGAAUCAGAGCUAUGGAUUGAAAGUGGCCUCACCUAACGAUGAGGCUUCUUUUGUAAAUUCUAUCUAAAAUUUAAAAAAAUCUCUAGAGAGAAUCAGAAUACAAUUAAAAAAUUUGUUUUAAACCACUUGCGUAAUAAUAGUUAUAUGGACUGUAACAAGUCCUGAAAGUAAUUGUAGCAAAGUGUUCUCUGACACGGACAUCCAAAGAAGAAAACUAACCUUCCAAUUCAACAACUUGAAAAUUAUUCAAUGGAAUGUUAGAAGUGUUAAAGCCAAUAGAUCAAACCUAAUAACUCUAGUUAGAGAACACAAACCAGACAUAAUAUGUUUGAACGAAACAUGGCUGAAGACAGAUUCCAGUUUUUAUUUAAAAUCGUACAACAUCGUAAGACAAGACAGACAGGAAGGCUAUGGAGGGUGGCAACAUGUAUUAGGAAUAAUUUAAUCUAUAACCAACUAAAAACUUCUAAUGAUGAAACCUCACAGUACAUUAUAAUCAAAAUAAGUAAUUUAAAUAUAAUUAAUGUGUAUUCUAACUCUAAUAACAAUAUAACAAACGACUUUUUGUCAACAGUUUUCGAAGGACUCACUGAUAAUGCAGUCCUUAUGGGUGACCUUAACACCCACCAUCCAUUAUGGGAUGAAGCCCCUCCGAACAGAAGAGGAAACCUGAUAGCAGAUUUUGUUACCUUUAAUGAUUAUGUAAUAUUAAAUGACGGUUCACCAACUUUUUUCCAGCCACCGCAGUCUCCAGUUAGCGCAGUCGAUAUAACGAUAGUAUCUAACAAUAUAGCUCAAAUGCUAAAUUGGGAGGUUUUGGACGACUGCGGAAAGAGUGACCAUUUUCCAACUCUCGUGAAGUUCAAGGAUAGAAGCUGUAGUAAACUAGGGCACAAAGUGAUUUCUUACACCUAUCGAAACUUUGGUAGGGCGGACCGGAACAAAUUUUAUGGAACUGUUGUAGCUGAUAUAUCUAUUAAUGGUCAAGAUCUGCGAUUUGUGAAAUUAAACAACAUAAUAAAUAAAGCGGCGGAUCUCUCCAUCCCCAUGGUACAAAAAAAACCUUACUGAAAAUAUAUAAAAAUCUUCUGGAUGGGGAUGUCAUCCCUAUCGAGUGGAAAAAAUAUAACAUCAUGCCCAUACUUAAACCCAAUAAAAGCCCCCAUAGCAUUGACCAUUUUAGACCAUUUACCUUGGCAUCAUGUUAUAUUAAAGUGUUAGAGAAAAUGAUCAAAAACCGUAUGGAACAUUUACUGGAAAGCAAAAAUGCUUUCUCUGCCUAUGACAGUUAAUAUCCAUAAACUAUAUAAUAAACUCAACGAACUUAAUAUUCUGGUGCAGCUUUCCAACCUUAUCUUUAAAAUUCUGGAAAAUAGAUCUUUAUUCUCCAAGAAUAAUGAAGGCUCCCUAAUUGGACCAAUAUUAUCGACUUCGGGCCUCCCACAGGGGUCCCCCUUAAGGAAAGUCAAGAUUGUGGCUUACGCGGAUGAUUGGGUCCUGCUCUGCGAAGGAAAAGACAUAAAGUUACUGGUAAGCAAAUUUAUAGAGCUCUACAAACAUUACAGAACUGGCUAGAGAACAACAACCUUUCCCUGUGCACUGAUAAAUGUGAAGCGGUGUGGUUUACAAAAGGUAGGAGAAGAGCUCCACCGGUAAAUAUAAAAAUAGAUAAUAAGGAAAUUGCUUUUAAGAACCAUACCAAAUGUUUAGGAGUAGUGCUACAAAAAAUAUGAAGUGGAAUAUGCACGUGGACUAUAUCUGUGAUAAAGCAAAAAAGGUAAUUAAUAUAAUGAAAUGCGUAAGCAGAGUUUCAUGGGGUGCAGACCCGCAAAUCUUAAUGACCCUCUGAUUAGGACCCACCUAGAUUAUGGUUUCAUCUUCUUGAACCCCAAUAACAAGACUGCACUUAACAAGUACAACAUGAUUCAUUUUGAAGGUUUGAGAAUAGCGCUGGGAGGUCAACACCAACGAAUGUCUUGCUGGCGGAAGUAUCGGAACUGGACCUGGAUACAAGGAGGAGAAAACUGGCAGUGUCCUUUAUGGCUGGAGUUCUAGCCAUUGCGGACCACCCUUUAACAGACCUCAUAGAGAAUCUCAGAAAUUACUAUGGUAUGUAUGGAGAUGAUUUAGAUAGAGAUGAAGAUAGAACAUCGGGAGCCCCCUAAAUGGUCCAGGCAUUUAAUAUGUAUUUGCCGUACCGUAACAGACUUUACUCGGGUGCGACUUUCCCGUGCUUUAACGUAGACUUUUUUAACUCUAUUGCCGUGAUCAAACCACUUAAGCUAAAUAUAAAUAGAGAAAAUGCGGAAAUAGAUAUCCUAACACAUUGUCUGGUUUUUACUGAUGCCUCUAAACAGGGUGAGAGGGUUGGCUUUGGCGUUUAUAUACCAAAAAUUAAUUAUAAAUUUUCGGCAAAACUUCACAAAGAAAUGUGUAUUGCCACUGCAGAGACGAUAGCAAUAAAGGAGGGACUAAGAGUUGCUCUACAAAGAGCCUUUACAAAAGUUAUUAUUUUAUCAGAUUCUCUAAGCGAGAUUUCUAAAAUUGCAAAUGGAAAUUCCAACACUAAAAUGGACUACAUAAUGUUACAGGUCCGAGAGAUGAUGGCUAAAAGUAUGGGAGUAGCUAUUAGGAUGGCCUGGAUACCGGGGCACUCGGGUAUUGAAGGUAAUGAAAAAGUGGAUUCUCUGGCUAAAAUAGGAAAAGACCUAAACAUCCGCUUGAAUAUCAAACUGGACAUACAUGACGUGAGGAAUACAAUUCUUAGAGAUAUUACUAAUGUUAUUCGAGAACGGUGGAAAAACCCAAUACAAGACAAAGGUAAAAGAUAUAGAAAGCUAAUACAACGUAAUUUUCCUAAUAGAAGAUGGUUUUCUGAACUUGCCUACAUAGACAGACGCCAUAUAACUACUAUAAUUAGAAUGAGAACUGGACACUGCGCGGCGGGGGAACACCUGGCCCGGAUAGGGGUUAGGGACUCUCCUUUCUGCGAGUGUGGUGGGGUUGAGAACCUUAAUCAUAUAUUUUUCGAGUGCCUUAUAACAAAGGUCCCGGGUGGGGAUUUAUACGUAAACUUUAGAAGUUUCGGACUUAACUUACCACUUUGUGUUGAAAAUAUGUUAAGCACUCCGAGUGCGGAGAUCAUACAAAUGGUCAUAUGCUUUUUAGAUUAUAAUAGGAUAAAACUUUAAGUUAGGAGUCGAGGUCGGACAGCCUCUCCCUAGUAACAAUACUAGGGAAUUUUAAAUUGUAUGUAUUUGUUGUUUUGUUUCAGAUCUGACGAGCGUGGUCCCAUGGUCCAUCCUAGGCCAGGAACGCCCGUCCCAAGAUCCAUAAUGCUGGAACUUGUUUGUCCUUUUUUGUUUUUAGAUGCCUGUUUGUCUGUGUUUUUUGGGAGCUCUGAACCUGCCUACUAACUGACCCUAUCUCCUUAGCAGCUUUAGAUGCCUCUUAAACAGAAAUAGAAUUCUGAAAAGUAAACUUCCCCAGGAGAACAUUCUCGAUUAUCUGGGGCAGUUCGAAAUAGUGCUGGCAAAUUGCCUAGUAGCAGCGCCAACCGCAGAAGAAGAAGAAAAUUUAGUUAGAAGAAUUCCGUUUUAUCAUUUUAACAUGGUAGCAGAGGUCCGUGGUUAUUGAAAAAUCAAAAAAAGAGAAAAUCAUUAAAAUGACUACUGAAAAGAAAGACGAACUGAUCUUGCAAGUGUUUGAUGGAACCGAAUAAAGACCUGAAAUAAUCACCUAAUUGGAAUGGAACAAAAAGGAAUUGAGAGGAAAGAACUACAUAGUAAGUAGUCUCAACAAUACACAACUGGAACUAGUUAUAUUACAGCCUAGGGCAAAACAGAUGAUACAAAAAUUAGAGAACUCUAUUUGGUAAAGAGUAGUGCUAUUAAGCUGUUAUAUAAAAGAAAGCUGUUAGAUUUAAAAAUAAAUGAAAGAGAUAACCCAACGGAAUUUUUCAAUGAAUUUGAGAAACUCUCCACUCUAAGCCGAGGUAAUUAUCAACGAAAAGAAGAAGACAGUCGACAUGUUGCAAGUACAUCAAAAGUAGAACAUAUCGACAGCAAUUACACAUUCCAUGUGGAAGUUUUGACGACACAAACUGAAGAUUCCCCAGCAAAAUAAGAUCACAUUGAUGGCUGUUGGACAGUGGUUGUUCGGACCACAUAGUAAACACUGGUCGUGUCAAAAAAUCAAGUUAUAUAUCGGGUGGCCAAAUAAAUGUGCAGAGUACUGUUGGAAACUAUUCGUCAUCGAGACUUGUAGUAAAAAUUCGUAUUAUCAAAGUGGUCAAAGGAGACCGUGGAAAAUAUUUUUCGAUGGUUGCCAAAGGGCAUAAGUGCACGUAGCAAAUAACUACUGCAGAUUUUCAAAGAACACUCACGAUGUUGGUUCACAUUAUCUCUAAAAGUAUAUCCAAUAUGUUUAAUUUAACUAUUUAUUACGUAAUUAUUAAAUUUUCACUUUGUAAUCUCACACACCAAUGAUUUGUUGAUUC